GUUAGUCGGCAGCGAUCGUUGAAGCCUUGGCUUGUGUUUGCGCCGCUCGAUGUGAUGAUAAUGCUGUGAUGACAGAGGAUUGAGUGUGUGGGGCUGUGAAAAUGUUGCUAGCCGUGGGUGGUAAUCCCAGGACAGUUGUUGGGAUGUUACCGGGUGAAGUGUGUCCUACGGGACAUUUUGAUCUCUCCUCCAGAACUUCACCGGAACCGGAUGACGACGUGCAAGAUGUCAUUCAGAAACGGGAGUAUUGGGAUUCUUCAAUAGUUCCAGCCGACCUGCCAUCGCACCCACGGGCAGAGCCCUCCAGCGGCAGCAAACCCACCCGACGCCUCAUUAAAGUCGACUUCUCGAAGUUGCAGAUGGAUGACGAUGAAGAUGAUGAUGAUGAUGACGAUGAUGAUGAGCAGGACUCUGUUCCCAGUGCAGCGGGUUCCGUUGAGAAUGGCUUUGGAGUAUCGCGACGCAGAAUAAGUGGGAGUAACCCAUGGCGCCGGACAGGUAUCACGCACCACGAGUAUCACAGCUACAUCGACAACGCAUUGGAGUCAUAUGACCUGGCAACACAGUGCCCUAGUAGGAGAGCUUCAAUGAAGAGGCACACCAUAGUGGUUUGUAAUGGUGAAAGUGGAAGCCAGUCCUUACCACAUUCAAGACCACAGUCACGUGGUCCUACUCUUUCCUCAGCCAGCUCAGAAACGGACUCUGGAAACUUGGGUUGCACUUUGCCAGAAAUGUCCUGGUCACGUAGUUCCUUGCAGGAUGAACUUCUGCAGUCAAAGAACUGGCAGCAAGCGAUGGAAUGCCUGUCACUCACUCUGGAGGAAAUUGUUCAUAUUCGUAGUGUGCUAACAAAGGCUGAAUUGGAAAGCCUUCCUGUGGAAGGCCAUGUCAAAGAAGAUGUUGAAAAACGAAAGGUUUGCUUCUUGUGUUUAAAGACAAGAUUCGGAUUAUUUGGCCCUUGGGGUCAACUGUGCAAACUCUGCAAGAGAACUGUGUGUGCCAAGUGUUACUCUAAGAUGCGAAUACCAACAGAACAUUUUUCACGAGUACCAGUGUUUGCACUGAGUCCUGGAUUGUCUUCACCUGAGGAGGAGACAAAGGAGUCAUUCCCGAGAUCACUGAUGUCACGUCUGAUGGUACCAGACAUGGUACGCAAUAGUGUGGGGAGUGCACCUUCAAGCCCUAAUUUAACUCGUGCAGAAUCUAUAUCUGCUCCAUGUUCUGGGGUUGGUUCCAGUAUGGCAGACAGCAUGGAGGGUCCACAGUCACUCCCUGCCAUGAGCCCUGCCUCUACUACCACUACCACAAGUGAAAGGAGGAGUAGACUUGGUCGGUCAAAGACAGUUGGAAGACCAGAGGCAAAAAAGGAGAAGUUGAAGGGUCUGCAAAUGAAUGUGUGUCAUGACUGCAAGACUAUGGUGAUCCAGAUUAUAAAGUCUUCACGCACAAGCCGCACCAACGCUAUCCGCAACCUCACCCUCAACCUUUCUCCUGUAUAUUAAGAUAGGAGGAACCUGUCAAUACUUGUAAAUACUCAAUGUUGAUGUACUGUACACAUUCUACUGAAGCUGCUUCAGCUCUGUGAAUUAGCUUUAAUAGAGUGAUAAAAGCACACCAAGGCUCCUAGCAGAUAAUUCUUUCAUUGAAUGCAGGGAGUCUUGGUUUCAUAUUAAAAAGGAGAUAAAUAUUGAAAUUAGAGGAUGAUGAUGCAUCAAGUAGUAUCAUUGUCUUCAAUACUGUCUUGUAGUUGGGUUCAAAAUCUCAUGGUGUAAAAAAGAUAGUACAAUUUAUUUACUCAGAAGUGGAAAGAUAUUAUUGUAUUAGGAAUGUAAAUAAUGUAAAACAUGAAACUAGAAAAUCGAUCUUAAUGGCAUCCCAGAAAUAAAGAAUCACAAUAUUUCUUUUUAUCAAAAUAGCUGUUCUUUAGAGAUCUGACAGCCUGACAGACAAAUUAUGAAAUAUUAUUUAUGGUUUCCCUUAAAUAUACACUGAUAUGUCAAGUCAUUCUUACCCUAUUUCAGGUAUGUUUUUCUGUACGUUUGAAAUCGUGUAAUUCAUACUGCAUUACAGAUAUAAGAAAGUUAAAUGUCUGCUCACUGCAGUAAUACUGAGUUAUGAGAAUAAAUCCAUAUUAAAUGCACACUAAUUUAUUACACAUAAAUUGUUCACAUCUGCAAAAGAACUUCAUUCUUUGGAGGAAAAUAAUGCUGUAUUCCAGGAGGUGCUGAACUUUCUCUCCCUCAAAUUGAGGAAAAUUUAGAUAUUCCAGUAGUACAGAACUCGAAUUAGUUUGGAAUAAAUAGUGUAUUCUUUUUAUGCAUGGAUAGAUUGAAACGGGGUGUUGGUCAGAUACUAGGACGAAUUAGGAAGUGAAAUGGGACUAUCGUUAAGAGAACAAAUCAUAUUCUAAACAGAUCACACCAGAAGCUACUUCUCUUGGGUCUCACUACUUAACAGUCUAAAUAAACCAUUGCUGAAGCUGUAUUACAUGUUAAUUUCAUUAGAUUAAUUUUGUGAAAGGUAAGAGACUUCUCAGAAUGGUUACAGUAACAAGAUAAUGUCUAUCACCAUAGGAGGUAGUUCAAACUGUUAUAACAGACACAGUUAAUUAUUGGUGUGAAAGCGAUGAAUGUAACCAAAAUGAGUCUCUCUUCUGGGAUUAUAAUGAUGUGUAGUAUACUGAAAGUCAGCCAAUGUUUUGCAGGGACAUGUUGCCUCCAUCUUUAGGAUUGAAAAGGAGGCCAAGCAAGAAACCAGUCUGAAAUGGACGGCAAGCAGAUAGCUCUGCUUGCUUCCUGGUUCAUGCCGGUUUCUUGCUUGGUUUAUUUCUCAACCCUAAAGAUGGAGGCAACGUGUUCCUCCAAAGUAUCAGAUGAUUUUCAAUAGAUUACGUGGGUUUAUCUAAGAUAAAACUCAUAACGGCCUCUAUGAGAACUUCAGAUGCCCCUAAAUUCUCAAAUGCCUUAUCCAUUGAUUAUAAUACAUCUUUACUUCAGUAGCUACAGUAUUGAAAUAGUAGAGCAUUGAAAUUUUGGACACAGAAUUGUUAACUAGAGUACUUGAAAUGUUCAAAGUUUUAAAGUCCACAAAUCGAUGCAUUUAUGCCUUUCUAUUUCGCAAAAUUGUUCUCAAGAGUUGCAAUAUAAAAGUAGAACACAUUGUUAUGCAUAAUGCAAAAUGACAGGACCAUAAUAUACUUGAGAAUACAGCCUAUUAUUAUUUAUUCUCAUUCUCUGUAAAUUGAAAGAGAAAUUAUAUGCAUAGAGAGAAUUAUUUACAAGUGAAUAAAGGAAUUCUGUGGGUCAGUUUUCAUCUAUAUAUUCUUUUAUACAAAACAGUACAUCAUUAUGUAGUUUGGGGUGUCUUAGUUCUUAUCAUAUUCUCUCUGAAUUAUCAGAUGCAGUGGUUUUUAAUAUUGACAUAUUUAUUAAAUUAUGAUUAUGUAAAUGUUCCUUAAAUGAAGGUUGUUACUCAAGUCUGAAUUUGGCCUCCAUGUUACUGGCAUGUGAUCUGCUAAUUCUGAAUUGUUCCAGUAGUUCCAGUGAUGGAACAAUUGUGCACUAAAACUCAAUUGUACUACAGUGCCUGAAACUUUGUGCUGUAUGAGGACAAAUUCUGGGCAGCAGACCAAUUCUGCAGUACUGCUGUAUGCAAAAUUUGGUUAGAUUACAAGUUACUUUGAGGAAUUUAUAAGUCCAGGUUGUAAGAUGAAGGAAAAAGUUUAUUUUUGAAUUGAGAAUACUGUCAAGUUUGUUAUUGAAUGGGAUGUGUAUUUUAUUCAUUUGAUGCUACACUGUAAGGUGCAACCUAGAACACUGAAAGAACAUUUCUUUCCUCUGUAUAGGUGAUGAAACAUGCUGUACCAUUGUCAGUCCCUAGAACUGUGUUAAUGUAAUAUUAUAAUGUUUUUCUUCCAUGGAAAGUAUUGAUGUUCUAAUGGCCAAUGUUACAUCAAAAUGAUAGUUCAACAUUUAUUACAGUACUAUAUUAGAUAUGAUUCAAUAUUACAAAAUUAUUCUUGAGAUAACAUGUUGGCUAGUCGACAUUACUCACAGAGCAAAAUGUUUGUUGUUUGUCUGUUCCUGUCCUCAAUAAAUAUUAUGAUUAUUAGGUAUAAUUAUUGAAAAAGGAUACUAAAUGUGCAGAUAUAACAUUCUAAAGUUAUUCUUUUAAAUAAUUGCUAUAUUGGACGAACUAGUCAUGACAUUAGUCUUUAAAAAUUUAAUUUGAAAUUAUGCAUUGUACAUGUGAAGUUUUAGUUAAUCAUAAAAACUAACGUGUAAUCAAACCUUUUCCAGAAAUUACAAAUAAUAAACACAAAUGUUAGACAGUUUUAGUGGAGUGAAAUUACUGAAUAAUUUUUGUGCUCUUCCUUAGAAUAAAAUUGACUGUUCUUUAAAGUGAUAUCACAAUGUUAGGCUUCCUUUUGUUGCUAGUGUAUACCUGCUAUCUUAAAUUUAUACAGAUAUACACCACUUUUCAUUAAAGGUUUUGGCAAGAAUUUUGCAUUUUCUAAUUUAAAAAUUAAUCAGCAUGGGUUCAAAGAAAAGGGCUCUAUAUGUAAUAUAUAUAUAUCUAUUUAAGAUUUAAACAUGCAAAAAUUGUUUCAAUUAGAACCAAGAAUAUUGCAGACAUAAAAGCAUCCAUUUUAAGACUAUAAUUUUAAACCUUAUCUGCCUAUUCAAGAUGAGUAUUUUUUUCAACGUUUGAAUUUAAUAUUUUAAAACACUUAUAUAGGACAUAAAAGUGCAGUUCCUGUGUUAAAUACUGUAAUUGCACAUAGAAUUUAUUUCAGUAGUUUUGCAGCUACUAUUGAAAAUAAAAAUUGCCUAGUCUUUAUAAUAUUAAUGUAAAGGUUUUAGAUUUGUAUUUUUGUGGUAAAUUUGAGUUGAGGAAAAUCAAACUUUCACUGACACAUACUGAUCACUUCACUAAGUGACGCAUUAUGUAUUUUACAUGAAUUGUUUAAGUGUAGAAUUUCUUAAAUUUGCAGCUGUGUAAUUAACACAUGUUCUUCGAAUAGUAUGCGACCCUGUAAACAACAACAACUAUAAGGAAGCCAUGUACAAUAUAUUAUCUGGAAUAUUCACAGUUCAAUUUUUUUGGUUUGGCUCUUCUGUCAAUAUUUUCUGCCAAUCAAACCCAAUGUGUAUAGAUUUAAUACAGCAUUAUAUAAAUAGAUGUAAGUACAAAUUCAGAUCAAGUUUAUGUAUAAAAUAUACAAUAAGAAAUAUUAAUGAUUAAUGUAUAUUUUCCUGCAGGUGUAUCUAUUUAUAUUGUUGCUUAAACAUGUUACUACUAUUUGGUUAUUAUUUUUUUUUUAUCUGUCCUAGUUCAGAAUGUAUGAAGUCUGUGCCUGCUGGUGCCCAUUUGGUGAGUGGUUUGAGUUUGUGUAUCUGUGUUUAUGCAGAAAUUCAUUUUGAAUUAUCAUAAAUAACACCCAAUGAAAACUGAAGGCAUUUGUUUGUAACAAAAAGAAUUGUACAAAGCAAUUGAGCAUAUCAUGUUUGUAAAAUCACAGGAUAUAAUCUUCAUAAAAUCUAAUACACUGAAGCUAAUUCAGAAGUAUUGUGUUCUUUUCUAAUGCAUUUUAUUUUACUGCUCAAAGGCCAUUUUCCACAAAGAAAUUUAAGAAAACUGAAAACUUUGUAUUGUCUGAAGAAAUUAAUAGAUAACUUAGAUAUAAAACUCAAAAUUUACUUUCAUAAGAUAUGUAUAAAAGUUUGACUGAAAUUUUUCUCUUAUAAUGAGAACAAGUACAUACUAAGAGUAUCAGUUAAAUUUAAAAUAUCAUGCAGUGAUUGUUUGAAUGUGUGGGAGUAUACUGAAAUUAUUUCUCCUUCAGUUGUUCUUGAAACACUGAGAUGGAUUGUCACAUAUUUAUGAAGAUCACCUUUUUAUUUUCAGUUGUCAUGCAGUGAAUAAAUACCAGGAUUAUGAAACAAAAGUUUCCUUCGACUUCAUCUUCAUCUAAUUUUAUCAUAAUCUAUUUUAUUCCCAAAAUCAUUUCUGAUUCUCACUUUUAAUAAUUCUUCUUACAGUAGGUUUUAAUUCAGCUCAUCCAUGUUUGUUCAAAUUGUGUCUGGCAAAUAAGUGAUAAUGUGGCCUCAUCACUAAAAAGUAUGGUUGCUUUGAAACUAGGAUUUUUUUCUCCAAGUGCAAUGCAUAUUCAGAGAACUUCUUGCACUUAUCAGGAUCAUCCUCAGUCAGAGCAUUUUCUAAGGAUUCUGCUUCAAGAUGCAGUGAGUACCAGAUUUUGACAUUACCAUUUCUGCAGUUCUGCAGUGCAGAGGCUUCUUUUGGCUCAGUGUAAAUUUUUCAAGCACUACUGUCAUCACAUCAUCAGAAAUGCAUCAUGAAAGUUAGCUGUGUGGUUUACCUGACACUGACCUUGUGUUCUUGAACUUCACCAGCAACUUAUCUGUGCUGGUAUUUGUAAUUGGGACUAUUAUGGAUGUUUGUUGAACACUUCUGCAACUUUUCACUGUGCCCUCCACACAGAAGAAUCAUGUCUAUGUGCACGCCUUUACCCAUUACCAUAACUCACAACUUUGACAGAGAGAAGACCUGUCUUGCAUGUGGUUCCAGAUUUAUGGGACAGCAUGUAGAGUAUCACUAUUCAAGCACUGGUUUCCUCCAUUAACUGAUAUACUCUAUUCAGAAUCCUGUUUAAAUAGUGGUAUGAACUCUUUUAAGAUUGGGGGAUAUAAUGGUGGGGUUUCAAGAACCAAUAUUAGAAAAAAAAACAUGUUUAAGAAAUUAAUAUUUUAUUUUAAAGUGAACUUCAAAUUGCUUCCAACAAUAAUUUUUCAUGCAUGCACUGUUUGUGACCCUGCAUAUGUGUAAUCAAUAUUUCACCUCUUGCCAUAACAUGAUGUAGCAUAUCUCUUGUUACUUGCUCAGCAGCUUCUCUUCUUGUUUUCAAGUGAUUGAGGUCCUAAAGUUUGUCCACAUAAAUGUAAUUAAUUUACCUAGCCCAAAAGAUAAAAUCAAGUGGUGUCAAAUAAUAGCUCCUAGGUAGCCACAGAAUUGAACCACCCCUACCAAUCCAUCUUCAAGAAAAUGUUAGACUAAGAACUUCCAUAACACAUUUUGAGAAAUGUGGCAGUGUGUCACCUUGCUGAAAAAUUAUGGUGCAUGCUCAUGAAAGUGUUUGAGUGGAAGAAUUUGAAGGUACAACGUUCAUUGUGAUGCCUUUUUGUGGAUUUGGAAACAGUGCCUCCUGAAGCCCCACCAUCAUUUUUUUGACACUAUAAUUCACACAACAGCAAACUGUGGGAAUCUUUAUAGAAUGCUGUAUAUAAAAAUUCUCUUUAUUUAACCUUCAAAAUGUGACAUACUUCUGCAAGAAGACUUUGUUCUGCACGUACCUGAGUUGAGCUGGUGCAAGAAACACUGAUUCUUGUAUUGUAGAGACAUCUCGUUCAUACAUCUGUCAAUAUACUGAUUAUCCUGAGGGUUUACAUGAUUUUUAUCAGUCCUUUCAAGUAGAUGCUGUGAUAGUACCUUGAAAUGGUCCAUGACUGAUUCCUUGUCAGUCCUUUCAAGUUCACUAAACGUGAUGUCUUUCGGCAUUGAAUUACCUACAAUCUUAUCAUCCUUGUCCUGCACGGAAAUUAAAGGUUAGCAGAUAUUAGGCUUUAUGUUUUUAUUUUGGCCAUUGAGUCUUGUAUUUCAUUAUGUAUAACUCUGUUAUUAGAAUCUGUAUCUAUACUGUGGAAGUAGUCGGUAUUCUUUUGGAUAGUAAAUGUGAAGUUCUGCAUAAACAUUGCCAGUCCAGAUUGUAAUGGUUCUUUUAGUUUGUUCAGACCUGCAUAGUGGCAGAAUGAUAUGAACGGCACCUGGGCUGUGUCUGUUAUACUACUUGUAAACUUAAUAGGUAUAUGAGGGACAAUUAUUCUGACAAUCUUUUAUGCCUACCACUUAUGAAAUCUUUAUCUCCUAGUCUGAGUAUGUGCUGUUAUCUGCAUGGCAUAAUAUAUGUGAAAGUGAAAUUAA